CAGUCCGCCGCGUCAGUCUAGCUCCGCGCUCCGGUCAGUCCGUACGUCACGCUCCCGCGUAUCGCGCGCGUUAGUUCAAGGCAGCACUGUUUCGACACGCCACUCGCUUGCGAAAGUCUCGCGAUGAUAUACAAGUGAGAGCUCACAUCGGACGCUAGGGUAUCGCUCACGCGGCGAGCCAGUUCACUAGAGCGAAGACAUUCUCACUCGGCCAGGGCAGGGGGGCGCGCGACGCCGUUUUGUCGCACACGCGGGAGCAACGAUUCCUACGCAUACUUAUCGUGUGAGGGCCACGGAAACCAAUUUUUAAUGUGUCAAGUCAGUAUAGCUUAUUGCUGCUACGUCAGAUCGCAGAGCGCCUCGAGCAGGAACUACAAGGUUAUGCAAAUGAGUUCUGAACGCUUCUACACAAGGGGUAACCAAAGGACCAUUCACAACUUCAAUAAACUUUAACGUUCCGUCCGUCGCUGUGUACUGAGUGCUUAUCUGUAUCGUAUUCCUAUCCUUUAUUAUCGUACGGUGUCACGAUCGCUAAUUGCUAAUUACCUGUCGGAGUCGAGUGAUAAGGCGCGGAGUUAGUGCACGAGUGAUCGCAGAAGCAGAUUGGCACCAGCUGGCGCGAUGGCGGCCGCGAGCGACGAGACGCUGCUGUCUCGCUGCGAGAUACCCAUCAUCGACCUAGCUCACAUAGGUACAGAUGUAUGUCCUAUGAAAUCCAUGGUGAGGCGCAUCGGGCAACAGUUGUUCACGGCUCUCAGUGAGAAAGGCCUCGCUAUGCUUGUCAACCACGGGAUUGCUGAAGAGAAGCUCAAAGCAGUGUACGCAGAUCUGGACAACUUUUGCGCCUUGCCAGAAGGCUCCCAGGCGCAGUACCUUCGCAACCCAGACAGCAACCAUGGGUACAUUCGCCCUGGGAUGGAGCAAUUUGAUAACACUAAGAAGGAGCUUCGCCACUCGUUCAGCAUCACCACGCUGUCGGCCGCAGCGAUGCCAGCACAGGAGGAGGUGCCGGAGUUCACGCAGCACGCCGUCCCGCUAGCGCACGACCUCACCAACCUCUCGCGCGUGCUCCUGCAGGCUCUGGCUUAUGCUUUUGGUGUACCACCAGCAACGAUGCUCGCCUGCCACUCCGGCAUGAUGAAGAGCGACGGCUGCAACCGCUCGUCCAUGCGCAUCCUGUACUACCCGCCCGUGCCGCCCGAGGACGAGGGCCCGUGCUGCCAGCGCGACGGCGAGGCCUACACGCGCUGCGGGGCGCACUCCGACGCCUGCACCUUCACUCUUGUCGCUCAGGACUCGGAAGGUGGCCUUGAGGUAAAACUAAAUGACAAAUGGCAAGCCGUUGGUCAUCUUCCUGGGGCAAUACUCGUCCAGACUGGAGAACUGCUGGCUUCUUGGUCCACUGAUAUGCUGCCAGCACUUAUGCACCGCGUGGUGGUGCCGGCGGGCACGUACGCGCGCGCGCGCGGCCGGCACUGCGUCGCGUUCCUCUGUCACCCCGACAAGGACGCGGUGAUCCCGCCCAUCGCGCCCCGCGCCGCCGCGCCCCCGCCGCCCGCCUUCACCCCGCACGUGCACCUCACGCUACACCACCGCCUCAUGAACGCGGCGCACCACAUACAGAAGCGCUUCCGGGAGACGUACGCGUGACUAGUGCGGGGCUCCGGCGACGGGACCUACAAGACUCUCGCCCGUCGACACGCCGCGCCCUAACCUGCGGCCUAUUGGAGAAACAUGCGUGACAACUUGCGGCCUAUUGGAGAAACAAACCGUGACAACUUGCGGCCUAUUGGAGAAACAUGCGUGACAACUUGCGGCCUAUUGGAGAAACAUGCGUGACAACUUGCGGCCUAUUGGAGAAACAUCUGUGACAUCUUUCGGCCUAUUGGAGAAACAUGCGUGAUAACUUGCGGCCUAUUGAAGAAAUAAACGUAAAUAGCUUGCGGCCUACUAAAGAAACAAGCGUAAAUUGCUGCUUAAGUUGUUUGGUGGAGGUACAUAGUGUACAUGAACAACAAAUUAUAGACAUGCGAUUUUAACUUCAUAUAUUUUUUUUUCCAUUGACUUGGGUGGAGUACUAAACACUUUAGAAUUUAAAGUAAUAUGAGUGUUUUUCACAAUAAUCCAAUAGAUUAAUCAUACAACUAGCUACACAGACUGUGACUAAGUUGCAAUCUUGAUGAUGCAUUUGGUAAAGCAACGCGACGUGAACCCAAAAAUGUUUAGUUCGCUUUCCAAAACAAUCAUACUAUACAUAUAGGAUUUUUAAAUUAAUUUGUUGUUCAUUGCAUCCUAUGAAUAUGAUUGCGAUACUAGCAACAUAUCUUAGCUUCACGAUAAUUGGCCCCUAUAUUUAAGGUAUCUCUCGAAAUAGUGCUGCAAAUAUAUUAUGAUUCUACACUUAGCAAAGACAUUAACAUUAAAUAAAAUUCUUAGCCUGUUUUUUGAACAUCAUAUCAAUAACUCAAAUGUCCUUAAUAGUCCUUUAUUUUCGAACAUUGUCAUGUUUUAUUUAAACAUUUAAUUUCCAAAACAACUCGAAAACUAUCAAGAACUUGAUUAAAUUCACAAAGGCAUGUUUGGAGGCUUCGACUCUCUCUCAUAAAUCUAUCACAAUAGGUAUUUGAUUUGUAUAUUCCGAUUUAUAUCAAUGAUAAAGUUUAAAUAUUAUUGAUUGCAUUAUGAUUUUUUUUUUCUAAAUAUCACAUAAUUCAAUUUAUUACUUUUAACACAUAAUUAAUUUUUUACCUAUUAUUAUAUCAUUCCUAAUGACGAUUUACGAUAUAUUAAUUAAUGUCAUGGCCGUUUUAUUAGUUAAAUUUUGCGGCGUUUUCUUAGCAAAUAUUUUAUAUAUAUUUGGCUUUUUUAAGCCUACCUUUAAUUUUAAGUACUUAGCAAUUAGCGAUGUGAUUUCGCACAUUUGUCCCUGCUUACUUGUAUACUUAAUUAAAUAUUAUUAUUAUAUUCCUUUUGUAUUGUGUUCUUGCUUCUGCAUUUUACGUUAGGAUUUGUAUAAGCGGUAUCUUUUUUAUUUAUUUUCGUGUAUUUUUGUUCACGACUACUUAAUACCUACUUAUUAAGUAGACCACUCGUGUGAUAAUUUUAGAUAGCUCAAAUAAUUAUUAUUAACUGUACUUAACAUUUGGAACAUUUCCAUUCAAAUAUUCAUAAAUUGGCAUCGACCUCCUAUUAUAAAAUCGAUGCACGAUCAGCGAGCAAAAAAACGUCAACACUCAAUGAGUGCCAAACACAACUUCUUGGCACUCAAUUCAAGUAGUCGCAUUUGCAAAUUUAACCAUAUGGUUGUAUUUGCUCUGAAUUUGGGAUUUUAUUGAAUAUUGGACUAUUUUUAAAGGCUUUAGGUAUAAUUUUCUAUACCAAUAAUUCUAAAACUGUCAAAGCAAAAUAGGUCAGCUUUUAAGUGAAAUUUUCUACAUGAUUGUGCGUCCUUUUAUUAUAAGAGGUCAAUGUAAAUUGGACAAUAAUUUGAACUUACAACAAAUGUUUCAAAAUAAAAUAAUAAAAAUAACGUAUUACCAUUACCAAGAGGAUUGUAUAUAAACAUUUGACCAUUACGUACUUAAUUUCUGACUCUUGAUGAAGUAUGAUGCAUUUUUAAUUAGGAUUUAGAAAAACCAUACAUAGUUACGAGUACCUACACAAUAAACAUAAAAUAAAAAAAAAAGUUUAUGUCAAACGACAACUACGUACGGUUUCCAUGCAUUUUACAACAGUGCUUUUUUAUACCUUAGUAAUGUUUUAUUAAAAUUUAUAUACUAAGUACCGUUUUGAUAUUUAGAAAUACGUUUGGAUACUCGUAUCUGAUUGUUUGCUACUUAAUUAACUGUUGUACUACUUAAUUAAUUUUCGUGAGAUUUUCAUAUCGGCUAGAUGGCAGAAGGUUUAGGCACAGGCUUUACACAUUGUAUAUUUAUAUUCAUAUAUAUUAUCUAAGAUAUAUAAAGAAAAAACAAGCUUAAACAUGAUAUUAUUAAAAAACAGACAUUUAUGAUUACGCAUCAUUAUGAUAAAUUUCUAGCAUCAUAAGAUAUUGGCAAAUGAUUUAUUGAUGUAGAUUUAAGGUCGCUGCAUACUAAACGGGGUUACGACGGACGGGGCGGCGAUAAAACGUGAUUAUAUAUAUGUCUAUGGCUUAUAGACGCGGCUACUGGAAUGGUGUAUAAAUACCACAUCGCUGUUCCAUCCGUGCCCCCGUAACGUAUCUGAUUUUUCUUAAAAAGAGCAACUGUUGAGUUUCUUGUCGGUUCUUCUCAGCAGAACCUGCCUUUUGAACCGAUGGUAGAAUCUUUACAAAUAGUCAACUGACGUUUCAAAGUUCAUUGUAAACUGAUCCUAAUUGAAAUAAAUGAAUUUUGAUUUUCUAUGAAACGAUUUUUCCAAAACUAAAAACAAAACAAAACACAAUACGGUAUGCAGCGGGCUUUACAAGUAUUAAUGGAAUGGAUAGUUUCACAGUAUUGUUUUGUACAAACAUUUAACAACUUUUACUUUGAUUAAGAGUGUAUUUUGGAAACUGAUCUGUUUUAGUAACUCGGCACAAAAGCACUUGCCUUCCUUUAAUUGUGAUGACAAUGGACAUUACUUUAGGUAAUAUUAUUUUCAUUAUAUAAAGCUUCUUUUAAGUUAGAAUUCGAUGUACGUUUACGCAGCGCAGAUGACGUCGCACUUGCGUUGUCGCGGCGCUUGCGUUGCGCUGUCGCAGCGCUUGCGUUGCGUUAUCGCGGCGCUUGCGUUGCGUUAUCGCGGCACUUGCGUUGCGUUAUUGCAUUUUGUUUUAACACUCAAACAUUGCUAUGCAUUAAGUAUGCACAAUACUAAGCACAUAUUUUCGCAAUGUAAGUUCGACGAAACGCUUGUCGAUAGUGGAAAGGUUCUGUAAGAAGCUACUUAAGUGUUGAGUUUCUUGUCGGCUUUUCUCAGUUAAAUCCUUAGUCAACUAGACAGGGAUAUUUCAAAAGUGCUUGUAAAUUAAGUCUACUUAAAAUACGAAUUGAUUUGUGUAAUUAGACUCCGCGCCACGGAUCAAGUCCCGCGGCUAAAACCUGAACUAAAAUUGACAGCGCCUUACAGAAAUGACAAUAAGACCCUUUGACAAUGGAUUUUGUACCCAAAUUCACCAACAAAAAGUCUGUCGUUUUAUAGGGGGGCGAGGUAAACUCACACAUCGAAAAUAUUUAACACCAUUAAAUAUAUUCUGUGUCCAUGCACACACACACACACAACUAGAAAUUUGACUCGCAAUACACACGCGUAAUUUUUACACUGACUAACCAACACAUCGCUUAGAGUAUCCACAGAAUAUAUACGUUGAAUAUUUGAUUACUUGAUCGAUUUUAUACUGUUCCGUCAAAAGAAUCGAUUCUUUUUAGAAAUUGUUUUUAUUACAAAUUUGAUAAAAUUAAGAAAUACUUACAAAGUAAACGUUACUCCACCUUUUACUCAACUACAAGUUUUUGGCCGUUUUUAUGCCAUUCAACUACACAAAGGGCAUUUUUAGGGAACUCUUUACACGACGAAAAUUUAUAUACUAAGUACCGUUAUAUAUUAAAAUUUAUAUACUAAGUACCGUUUUGAUAUUUAGAAAUACGUUUGGAUACUCGUAUCUGAUUGUUUGCUACUUAAUUAACUGUUGUACUACUUAAUUAAUUUUCGUGAGAUUUUCAUAUCGGCUAGAUGGCAGAAGGUUUAGGCACAGGCUUUACACAUUGUAUAUUUAUAUUCAUAUAUAUUAUCUAAGAUAUAUAAAGAAAAAACAAGCUUAAACAUGAUAUUAUUAAAAAACAGACAUUUAUGAUUACGCAUCAUUAUGAUAAAUUUCUAGCAUCAUAAGAUAUUGGCAAAUGAUUUAUUGAUGUAGAUUUAAGGUCGCUGCAUACUAAACGGGGUUACGACGGACGGGGCGGCGAUAAAACGUGAUUAUAUAUAUGUCUAUGGCUUAUAGACGCGGCUACUGGAAUGGUGUAUAAAUACCACAUCGCUGUUCCAUCCGUGCCCCCGUAACGUAUCUGAUUUUUCUUAAAAAGAGCAACUGUUGAGUUUCUUGUCGGUUCUUCUCAGCAGAACCUGCCUUUUGAACCGAUGGUAGAAUCUUUACAAAUAGUCAACUGACGUUUCAAAGUUCAUUGUAAACUGAUCCUAAUUGAAAUAAAUGAAUUUUGAUUUUUAACCGACUUCAAAAAGGAGGAGGUUCUCAAUUCGGUCGGUAUUUUUUUUUUUUUUUUUUUUUAUGUAUGUACACCGAUUACUCAAAGACGCCUGGACCGAUUUCAAAAAUUCUUGCUUUCUUUGAAACGGUAUAGCCCCCAUUUGGUCCCAUUGCCAUCCUGUCAAGAUCUGAUGGUGGAAUCCUGGAGAAAUUGAGGGGAACUUUCGAAAAUUAUAUGGGUGUCUAGUGUGUUCGUAUACUUUUCCAUUUAGUACUUUUAAGCACUAUAAUUUCAUGAAGGUUUAAAGUCGAUCUGAUGAUGGAGCCAUAAAACAGACGAGGGAACUCCUCGGCGAUUCACAACAGUUACCUUGUGUUUGGGCUUGAUUAAUUUGUAUUAAUGAGAACUUUCCACAUAGAUAGGUUGUGACUGUCAUUUAGGGGUUUGGUGAUGAAGACCAAGGACAAUUAAGGGAACUCCUUAACAGUUUACAGUAACUACCUUGUGUUUGGCCUUGAUUAAUUCGUAUUGCUGAGAACUUUCUACCUAUAUGAGUUUUGUCUGUUAUUGGGGGUCUGAUGAUGAAGACCAAGGUCAAUUAAGGGAACUCCUUAACGGUUUACGGUAGCUACCUUGUGCUUGGGCUUGAUUAAUUUGUAUUGCUGAGAAUUUUGUACCAAGAUGGGUUGUGACUGUCAUUAGGGGUCUGAUGUAUUCGUUUGAGAUGAAAUUUUACACUAAAAAUGGAAAAAUAAUAAAAAUUUUAAUAAAAAAAAUACAACCGACUUCAAAACCUAAAAACGUACCCGCUAAACUAAAAAGCGAAAAAUAACAUCAUAAUAUGUUCUACCUGCUGAUCAGUAUGAAGGCGGUGCUUAGCCGGUGUUGUCUUAAUUAAAGCCAUUUCUGACAGGACCACAUGAAACAACACUGUCUGCAAAAUCUAAAUCUAUAAGAUAUUCUCACAUGGCUUGAAUUAAUACAUCACCGGCUUAGCACCGCCUUCAUACUGAUCAGCAGGUAGAACAUAUUAUGAUGUUAUUUUUCGCUUUUUAGUUUAGCGGGUACGUUUUUAGGUUUUGAAGUCGGUUGUAUUUUUUUUAUUAAAAUUUUUCUAUGAAACGAUUUUUCCAAAACUAAAAACAAAACAAAACACAAUACGGUAUGCAGCGGGCUUUACAAGUAUUAAUGGAAUGGAUAGUUUCACAGUAUUGUUUUGUACAAACAUUUAACAACUUUUACUUUGAUUAAGAGUGUAUUUUGGAAACUGAUCUGUUUUAGUAACUCGGCACAAAAGCACUUGCCUUCCUUUAAUUGUGAUGACAAUGGACAUUACUUUAGGUAAUAUUAUUUUCAUUAUAUAAAGCUUCUUUUAAGUUAGAAUUCGAUGUACGUUUACGCAGCGCAGAUGACGUCGCACUUGCGUUGUCGCGGCGCUUGCGUUGCGCUGUCGCAGCGCUUGCGUUGCGUUAUCGCGGCGCUUGCGUUGCGUUAUCGCGGCACUUGCGUUGCGUUAUUGCAUUUUGUUUUAACACUCAAACAUUGCUAUGCAUUAAGUAUGCACAAUACUAAGCACAUAUUUUCGCAAUGUAAGUUCGACGAAACGCUUGUCGAUAGUGGAAAGGUUCUGUAAGAAGCUACUUAAGUGUUGAGUUUCUUGUCGGCUUUUCUCAGUUAAAUCCUUAGUCAACUAGACAGGGAUAUUUCAAAAGUGCUUGUAAAUUAAGUCUACUUAAAAUACGAAUUGAUUUGUGUAAUUAGACUCCGCGCCACGGAUCAAGUCCCGCGGCUAAAACCUGAACUAAAAUUGACAGCGCCUUACAGAAAUGACAAUAAGACCCUUUGACAAUGGAUUUUGUACCCAAAUUCACCAACAAAAAGUCUGUCGUUUUAUAGGGGGGCGAGGUAAACUCACACAUCGAAAAUAUUUAACACCAUUAAAUAUAUUCUGUGUCCAUGCACACACACACACACAACUAGAAAUUUGACUCGCAAUACACACGCGUAAUUUUUACACUGACUAACCAACACAUCGCUUAGAGUAUCCACAGAAUAUAUACGUUGAAUAUUUGAUUACUUGAUCGAUUUUAUACUGUUCCGUCAAAAGAAUCGAUUCUUUUUAGAAAUUGUUUUUAUUACAAAUUUGAUAAAAUUAAGAAAUACUUACAAAGUAAACGUUACUCCACCUUUUACUCAACUACAAGUUUUUGGCCGUUUUUAUGCCAUUCAACUACACAAAGGGCAUUUUUAGGGAACUCUUUACACGACGAAAACGAUUACAACAAUGAAACAUCGAUUCUAGCAACAGUUUUUAUAAACGCGUUAGAUCAUUGAUUUUUUGCCUUUGCCAGAGGGGUAACGGUUUGCGAGGCAGGUCCUGUUAUUAAUGGUCGAAGAUAAGACCGCACUACCAAAUGACAAUGACCAUACCAUUAAGACAUAUUAAGACAUUGGCGCCGCGUCUACGGGACUUGUUUCGUGGCGCGAAGUAUAACUUGUUAAUAGCCGAGUCAAAACUCUAACUACUGCGAUUUGUAGUUACGAAUGGGGAUGAUGACUAGGUUUGAAUAUAUUGAUUUUUAUGAUACAUUCGGGUAAAUAGGGUCAAUGUUAACUAAUUUAUACAUAAAAAGCAAAGAUUGUCUGGAUAUAAAUGAGAUUAUAAAAUUUCAAAAUCUACUAAAUUUUUUUUACCGUAAUUAGAUGAAAAUUCAUACAGUUUUAGCUUCCUUACAUCAAAUGUGACAUUUUUUAAUAUAUGAACUAUAAAGAUAAACGCACAAAUAACAAAGAUAUUCGUAAUUUUGUUUGAACGCGCAUACAAAUCUAACGAUCAUUACAUUGCCUAUGACGUAAUUUUUUCGAGCCAUUUUGUAUGGGGCGUUUUUCAGGGAUCCGCAGCAGCGCCGCAAAUCUGACUCUUUAAAUCCCUGUAGCUCCGAAAGUAAUGAUCGCAGAUACCCUGUUCCUUUUACAAAAUUGCUUUACUAUUAGUAUACUCUUAAUUUAUAUACAAUUUAAAAAACUGUCAUCAUCCCUAUUAUGAUUAUUGUGAUAGUGACGUUCGGCAUUUCGUACAAAUUCCAAAAUGUGUUCAGUAAGUUAGUGUUUGUGUCCGUUUAAAGUGUUUUUAAAUAUUAAUAAAAAUAACCUAAUCAAUUCAAAGGAGAAACCUUUAUUUAAUUUGAUACUUAUAAUCAUCUCAUGUAUUAAAAACAAAGCCUAUUUUAAUAUGCUCUAGAUAUGUAAGUAGUGAAAUAAUAAACGUAAAACAAUGGGGUAGUUGACUUUGCUUAUAAUAAAUUUAAUUAUUAAAUUUAUUAUAUUAGAAAAAAUACCGGAUGAUCUUUCUAAAUAAAAAUUUUUAUUUAAAUAUUUACCAAGUUUUGUUAAUUAUUUAUUUAUAUAAUGAUUUAUUUAUUUUGCUAUCAUCCGCAAAUUCGGCGAACCCAUGCGACAACGUCACCCAGGUUCGACAAAAUACUCUCUACGUACGUUUCACCCCGAAAUCGGAGCACCCUCAGGAGAUGUUGACUCAAAACAGUCAACAUCUGGUGAGUCAACAUCUCCUGAGGAUGCUCCGGUUUCGGGGUGAAACGUUUUUAUUUAUUUCUUUUAUCAUGAUCGUAGAAAAAGUAUAUGCCACUGCACGUAAUUAGCCAUUGAUGCACUCGUGCUGUCUAUUGAGCAAUUUGGUUUCGCCUCAUUGCACAAAAAUCACGCGUGCUACAAUGAUAGUGGCAUACAUAACUACUUUUGAAUCCUUUGAGGAUUCAAAAAUAAAAUCCUCAGUGUCGCGUGGGACUCAGCUAAAGAAAUCAAGCUCCAGUAGCUCAACGGUACAGAAGCCGGAGUCAUAUCGAAUGGUAAUGGGUUCGAUCACCGCUGAAGUAUUGUAGUACUUACCCACUAAAAUAUUUGACUAAUAUUCUUUUAAUAAAAAACACUAUUUGUCUCACUGCAAUUCUCAACUUAGAAUCCUUCUUUUGAAAUAUAGACAAAAUACUUUGCAGUCUUGCCUAACAAAUAAAAACUACAUUUACAUUUAGUCAACUACCUUUUUACUUAGUUACAAUUUUAGUCUUAUUUGCACCGGAUAUUUGGAAAAAUAUUUUUACAAAUACCUACUGAUUGUGGUGUUUUAUUAAUAUUAUCCUUACAAUUUUAAUUUUUUUUUGUACUUAGCUAAUUUUGAAAUAAUCAUAAUUAAUUAUUACUUGUAUGUAUCGAUUUUGUUAAAAACUUUUGUCAUAUAUUUUAUCUUGUAUCUAUUAUAAUUUAUUAUGUCAGCGACGUGUUUUAUUACUUCAUCGUAUAAGCAGUAUUCAAAAAUUUUUGAAUUUAUUAUAGACUUAUAAGGAGAAGGUAAUUUUGUAUAACUCAAUGUACGUAAAAUAUUAGAGAAAAGUGUUAAAUACUUGAAAAACAAAGGAAAAGUGUGAUCAGUUAAAAGUACAUUUUCAGAGGCGAAAUAGAAAAAAAAAUCCGAUAAAGUUAUACAAUAUCCUUAAAUAUACAUUUACUUAUACAUGUAUGUAAAAUACAGGCGAAUUUCAAUUAUAUCUACAAUUAAUCAGUAAGCUAACAACGCAGUUCUAGCCAAAAAGACCAUACUGCAUACACAGAAUAAAGAAUGAUACUGAAUGCAUAGAUGAUACAUUAUAUAUUGAGACUGAAUGAGUCUAUACAAGGCCAUAGAAACCCAUAAAAAAACAAACAUCACGUCACGUAAACUAAAAACUUUUUUCAUAAUUUGAAUUUCCAGAUUUAACAAUAACAACAAUUAAGUACGUUUUAUAUCUUAUUAGACUAAAUCAAUAAAAAUACUCUCAUCUUAUUUGUUUAGUUCUUGUGAACAUUCAACAUAUUUUAAAAUAUUUAAAACAUAAGACGCCAUUUUUCUUGAAUGAUAUUGAAAAUUACUGAUGCGACGCUUCGUGUCGUACUCGCUCGAGAACGUUUUUAUUUUUGAUUUGUAUUUGGAAUGGCUGCAUCCCUGCCGUGUCCCGUACGCUCUAUCUGCAUAAUAUUCUUUAAUCUGUGACUGCAUAUUAUAUAUUGUCCAACUGAUUAAUUUAUCAAUACGGAUUACAAUGUCAUCAUUCAUCACACACAGUCAAAACUAAUGAAUCUAAAUUAAUGUAAUCCUGUUUGAUCGAAAGGUCUAUAAAGUUUAUCAUACGUAUGUGAGCUUAUGGAAUGAUAGACUUAUUAGACUUUUAUAGAAUUUAAUUAUACAUCUAAUAAGUUGAAUAUAUCGCCGACGACCUGAAAAUAAAAUUUCUUUACACACAA